AUGGAAGAGAUGAACGACAACAUAACGACUUCAGAAAGCGUGUUCAGUUACUGCUACAACUUCACAUACCAAAACAACUCAGUUCUAUACUGCCCAUAUUUCUCCAGUUAUUUCCUUGACAUUUAUUCAACUUACCAUAACCUAAAAAUCUUGGACUGGAUCACCAUUGGCAUUGGACUUCCUUUGACUCUAAUAGUGAUAGUUGCAGUUUUUCUACAGGUGAAAAAGGAUCAGGGUGUCCCAGUCUACGUCAUCAACCUUCUCAUUUCUGAUCUCAUUCAGUUCUGCGGCAGAAUUACAUAUUUAGUUCAGUCUAGACAUGAUAUCGGCUAUGCCAACAUGGAGUUUCCUAUCGGCUAUGUCAUCAUGUGUUUUGGUUUAAUAGCCAGUGUUGGAUUCAUGGUCUGUAUCUCCUUAGAAAGGUAUUUGGUCAUCGCCAAGCCACUGUGGUACAGAUUCAGGAGAAACAUCAAGACCUACGUGGUGGUCUGUGGUGUGGUCUGGACUCUUUCUCUUUCAGCUCUACUACUUAUGCAUGAUACUAAAACUGUAGUUAUUUUUUAUGAAAACAUCAUACCUAGUUUGGCCCUCCUGCCCUUUCCCUUCUUCAUCUUCUUCUUGGUUGGGACUAUUAAAGCUCUGUCUGGAGCCCUCAGUGUCCCAGCAGAAGAAAAAAGACGAAUCGUAGCCAUUCAGGUUGUGGUGAUGCUAAAUUACUCUCUGCUUUUCCUGCCCGUGAUUAGUUACUUCCUAUCAAAGAAAAACAAAAUAAUUUUUUAUAUUCUGUUAUUUGUUUGUCUUUAUCUCAGUCCCCUUGCAGACACAACUCUGUAUUUGUUAAGUAGGAAAAGCUUCCUGGAUAAGUUUCUGGCUUCACUCUGUUCUUGUAAAGCAUCAGACAAUCAGGAGAUGAGCAGCAAGGAUACUGAAAGCACGACUGCUCCACAUACUGAGACUGUUUAGGGUUUAAUAUCUGGAGCCUCCACUACAAUCUACUGUAGCUG